UCAUGGUGAGGCCAAACAAUCGUUCACAGUCAGCCCCUAAUCACUUCGUACUAACUGAUUCGUCUUCGAAAAGUUUGACAAAGGCUUACAAGUGUAUUGAAGCUCAUAAAACAAAAGGUAAUCUCUUGAGAGAUCGUGACAAUGUCGGACUUUGACAAUAUCUUUGAAUACCAGCGAGACGACACCACGAUGUAUCCUCAACACACACUAUCAUUCGUUCCUACCGGUGCAACCACGGACAGCAGCCAGACAAAUUUUGCUGUUCCAAGCAUUAUCCGGAGCCAUUCUACUACGAAAGUGACAAAGCUUGCUGAAAAUCUUACAAGUUCUGACCUAAAGCCAAAGCGGCCUCUUUCCGCAUACAAUAUUUUCUUCAAGAAAGAGCGCCAGCGUAUUCUUGCAGAGACUCCGACUCGACCAGAGGGAAAGCCUCGAAGAUCACAUGGAAAGAUCGGUUUUGCUGAUCUUGCUCGGAGAAUUGCUGGCAAUUGGAAUAGCAUCGAUGAAGAUCGGAAGGCAGCUUUCGAGAAGCUUGCUGCGACGGACAAGAAACGCUACUUGGGAGAAAUGGAAGUAUGGAAGCGUCAGCAGGAAGAAAGUCACCAUGCGAUCGUGGCUAAUGACACGAAAGCAGCGCCAUCGUGCAAUAGUAAGGGGCAAUUUGAAUCGGUAUCACUUUAUGCUUUGCUGAACCGCGCGCCCAACAAUACCAGUCCCUCGGAAAGUGCGAGUGUGGAGUUUCAUCCUUCGUACACGCACUUUGAAUCGUUGGAACGAGGGAGCUCGGUUUAUGGACAAGACUAUACAGGGCCAAUCCCAGAUGACAUAGCAAUGGGGGGUGCUCGUUCUUCUGCGCCGUUCGGGCAGAACAGUUCCCAUCAUGCUAUACAUGGUUUCCCCACAGUGCAAGCAAGACUUCCAAGUCUACUUUGUACCGAACAUCGACCGAAAAUUUCCGAUCUUGCCACAAAAAUGGACAACGAGAGCGUAGAUUUCCUUGUCAACAUGUUUCGUUAG